AGGUUCAACUCCUGCUGCGAACCACUGCCUCAUACAUCUUUGAAUUGGGCUCUCCUUUGCUCUGGAGCUCAUAUCCUUGCUCUUUUCAUUUCCCCCCCAACUCCAAAUAUCCAUUGUCAGCAUUUUCAAGGCAAAACACAGACAACAGAAACAAAGCAGGAACUAUUUGUUUAGCUCUGGAGAAAAGCAGCUAGUACUCAGGAGAGCAGUUCAUUCAUGCUACUGGAUUGUGUGUUGCAAAGCAUAGCAGAAUGCAGGAACUAGGGAAGAGCAAGAAAUCCCAGCUCAGGGAUUUAUACAGGCAUCCAAUCUCAUUUGGAGGAGCAGGAACAGACAACCCCAGAGGAAACUGGGAGUCAAUACAUAACAAGAUCAAUAGAACUUGUGGGGUCUUUCUCAUAGUAAAGGGGCAGUCCGGUAGUUCAGGUUAUGUCCAUGUCUGACCUGAGGACAGUUAAUGGAUUUUUCUGUUUGAUAGUUUUUCUGAUCUUUUUCUUUACUUACAUAAGGUAAAGCUACGGAGCUGUGGCACUUACUUGCCUGCCUUGGAAGAUAGCCUGACCAGCGUGAAUGGGCAUCCUGCAGAACAUGUAAACACACUUAAUGUUAGCAGUAUUGUCAAUAUCAGCUAUUCAAAGAUGAUGCAUUAAGUCCUUAAAAUUUUGUGAUACUGGUUCAAAAGUCAUGUGAUAUCAAAACAUAGUACAUUCUGGAUACUUCAUAUCUAGCUUCUUAGCCUUUGUCCCUCUUGCUUACCCAGGAACUUGGAUGAGGUGUCCUCCCUAGACCCUCCCCAGCCUGAGAGCAGCUUUCAAAAAUCACAAGGGGUAGAAAUCCUAUAGCUUUAAAGUGUCUUCUGAGGUAAUUUCUAAUAUCCUUUACUAUUUAAAAACGUGCAAUGAAAAAUAAAGCAUCAAGAAUCAUAAAGAUGUCAGAAGUCCUAGGCUGUAACAAAAUUAAAAAAAACAUAGAUUAAUUUUGCCUAGCUUCUCUUUGGAUGAAAUACAUUGUGCAUUUGUUUUUCUUAAAGAAUCACAGUUCAGAUAAUGGUAUCUCUCUCCUGACAUACUUUUUCUUGUUGCUCAAAUUCUGGUGUACCUAAGCCAGUGAGCAGGCCUAGAGCCACCUGCACACUCACCAGGAUAUGUUCAGUGGAGUAGGUGUUCUGCAUCGCCAUGAGAGCUUAAACCUGACUCAUUUCAGAGAUUAUCACUUCUGACUUCUCGGCCAACUGUGAACUAGCUACUUUAUGCAAGGGAAAGGAGACCACCCUCCAAGUUUUUCUUCCCUCUAAAGUUGGCAGCAAUUAAGUAGCCAUUUCCUUAGCUUUUUGACAAAGGGACUGGCCUAGUUGCUCUGCUUUUAAUGAAAUUCUCGUGGUGUAAUAAAGAAGGAUACAUGUAAUACAGACCUGUAUAGACAAGAUAGGGCAAAGUCAGAAGAACUUUCCAACUAAAAAGUUCUAUGUAGCUCUGUGAUCGUACCCAAGCUAGCCUGCGCUAUGAACUGUUGUAAAAGCAUCUCAAGUUUUAUUAUGCCUAACCUACAGAAGGCUUCUUCCUGGCAAUGGCUUUUGGUGCCCAAUCUACUAGAAAGCAUAGUCUUUUCAGAACUGUUUAGAAUUCACAAGACUUAGUUUUGUUUAUUGGAAGUACAGCCUUGGUCUCAGCUGCUUUAUAUUUGCCAUUUGCUGCAGAGUUUGUUAAAAGGGUGGCACUGGGAAAGUGAAAACUCAGACUCAUGAGGUGUUUUGUAGGAGUCUUUGAUCUCAAAGUCCUUCUGCUCCAGUGGUAACAUAGCAAUGACAAUGUUUUGUUCUUUAGGAGACCCUUGAAUAUUGGGGUGUGAUUCAGACUGUUACGCAUCUGUGUGGUGUAAUAUUAUGGGCCUAACACCAAGCACAGUAAAGUUCAUUAAAAUCUCGCUAUCACCAUCAGUGGAUUUUGAUUUGGCCAUGUGUGUGCAGGCAGCUCACCUAGGUAUAGAAAAGGCAACACAAUUUUCUACAAGCGGGAUGAAAUGAAGGAUAGCUGUAACAGUAUAUGUAUCUGCAAAGGGAAAGGUAGCACGCACGAGACCACAGGAAGCUUAUUAAGAUUUUGUCAUCUGUUGGUAAUGAAAACAUACUGCGCUAAUGCAAAUAUAGUCAGGGGAGCAGACUUAAUAUCUCAAAAAAGUAUUAAAUAUUUUUUAAACUAAUUUUUGGCUCUAUGUUUUGAGCAUUAGUGUUUGCUGUCUUCAAAUACUUUAGCAAACAGGUUUACUCAUAGAAGUAGCCACAUUUUAACCAGAUAGGUGAGAAUACUUGCUAAAAGUGUAUUUUUAGUAAACACGGAUAAUAAUAAAUGCCUGUGUUUGGUCUAGAAAUCAAGCCACAGAAGUUGUGCCAAGUCUGACCAAAGAACACAAGUAAUGGCAGGUGAAUACCCCUGGUGCCAGCUAGCAUAAGGACCUGUAACUCGGGACCCUCCCUCAUGCAGCUGCACCAGGCCAGUUGUGAGAUGGUCGACUGCUGCCAAAAAUUGCUGUCACCAAACAAUUUGGCAGCCUUGGAAGAAAUAAGCCAUUUGAGUCUUAGCCUAAACGGUGACUGUGUGGGAGGUGAUAAGGCUUGCUUAGCUCUGGUCAAAAUGCGAGGUGGAACACCACAGCACGUUAACGAAGAGCAGGAAGCAGCAAGCUGAGGGCAGCGGCGGGUGACUGAGCCUCCGUUGUCACAGGGGCGCAAACCGUGAGCGGGCACCGGCAGAGCGCGGGGAAGGCGCAGGGAAGCCGGGCCGCACUCCCCCUCCCCGCCGUCUGGCCCUGGGGGGCUUCUCCUCCCGUCUGACCCCGGCGGGCUCCUCCUCGGGCCGGCGGGGCUAAAAGGGAGCGGCGCGGCGAGCGAGCAGGCAAGGGGCCGGGAGCGGCGGGGCUGCGGCGCGGCGGGUUGCCGGGAUACCGGGCCGCGGGGGGGCGGCCCCGGCCCCGGCGGUGAGGGGGGCCCCGCUCAGGUCCGCUUUGGGACCUGCCGGCCCGCUCGGUACCGAAACCGAGCCCGGAGCGGCAGCCAGCACGGUGCGUCCGUGCCCAUAGCGGAACAUGUGGGCCAGCGAGCACCUCCGCGGCACGGCGAGGUGGAGGUUCUUCGGCGAAAACGUAGUCCAAGGAUGGGAAGCAGACCGAGUAAGGCGAGCCGCAACUCCCUCAUCCCCCCUGCCGGAACCUUGCUGAAAGAAAAAUAAAUACAUUUUUGAAUCGCCGUGUGCCUAAGCAGUACCUGGCGCACCGGCACAGCAAGGCGGGAAGGCGGGAGCGCCGGGUGCGGGCGUGCAGGCCAGCCCUGCGCCCACAGCCGGGGACAGGCGGCCGUGCCACGGGGACGGGCGCCCCAAACGCUGCAGCCCUGGCCACCAGCUAUGCCACUGAACAUCCACGGACCGAUUUGUUUUUAAACUGCUACAUGGCAAGAAACGAGAUGCUGAGCUUGGCACAAAAGGCCCCUAGAAAACGUGAUCUGUGCCUCUCUUUUUACAGAGCUGUUACAAAUAUCCAUAAUAUUUGCAAUUUUGGAGAAAACGAGGUUGUUUUGGCAUGUAGUUUGGAAUAGACGACUAAGUUCGAGGCGGUUCUCUGCAGGGACAAAACUGGAGUCCGGUUACUGCUCUGCUGCAGAAUGUGCUUUUGUUACCAAAAAACCACUACACUGCGAAGUUUUCAGGGGGUUCACAAUGUGGCUGCAGUAUUAACUAAAAAGAAAUGCCUAAGUAAUUGAUGGUGGAGUUCAGUGAAUGAGCCGAAGGAAAUUAAACAAGGGGGUUCACCAUCAGUGGCAACAUAUUGCCAUGGCAAUGGGUAGCUUUGCCAGGAAUAAACAAACAAACAACAACAGGCCUCUUCUCUUUCAGAAUAAAAGUUAGAGAAUUUUCCGUUCUCACCUCACCAAAGUCUGUGCCUUCGGACAUCUUGGAGGGGAGAAGAUGUGUACCCUACUUAUGCAAGUCUCACAAAUCCAGCUCCCUUCUCAGUCAUACAUUUAGACAAUUUCCAGAGCAAGAAGUAACCUUUAUAUCCAGGGGAAGGCAUCGAUAUUUGCUUUAUAAUGAUUUCAGUGUUUUGGUUACUGUAAUUCUGUACCUUUUUCUUACGAAAGGUGGAAGGGCUCAGAAAUAAUGCAGCUCUGUGUCACUCCUAGUUGAAGUCAAUCCUGCUUCAGGAGAGACUGCUGACAGGGAAGAUUUUCUUAAGAGCAAAAACACAGGCCCACACUUAAAUUAAUAAAGAGCUGUACAAAAACACAGCACAGAGAGGGAGGGAGCUGAGAAAGCAUGGGCUGCCCUUUCUCCCGCAGGCACGGACGGGUGCCGGACGGGGAGCAUGCCAACGCACAGGCACCGGAGCCUGCUCCCUCUCCCAGCAGGGCCUUUGGAGGGGCCCUCUGCCUCUGAAAGCUUUCUGGACAUUUCUGGCCAGCCCCAGUCCCUCAGAGGAUGCAGUCCCACCACCUGCUGCGAGCUCUGUGGGUCUCCUCUCUUUCCAGGGAGGCAGCCCUCAGCCACCACCCAGGGAAGGAUUCAGUAGCGCUGGGGUCCUGCCUAGGUUCCAUACGCUGAGUUUCUUGCAGUUUUGCAGGCUGUCGUUCCCCUCUGCCACCUUUCACCCACAGCGUAUGAAAUUCCUUUGGGCACUCAUACCUGGGUAUGCCCUAGGGCCUUGCUGGUGGUGGUCCUGAGGAAGACAGACACAGCACAGUGUUGGUCUUGAGGUUUCGUGACCUGUAGAGCAGGAGCAAUGGGCCAGAGCCAGGUUGCCAUGCGGAAUCGGAGGAGUAACCAGAAGGCAAGAAGAGACUUUCCUCAUCAGGAGAUCAAGUGCUGCCUGGUGAGAAGACAGCACCUACAUGAAGGAGCCGAUGACGCCGGUUGGAUUUUCCCCAUCUUACAGCACCUCGCAGGUCUCUUCUCUGAGCAGUACGUUGCAUGAGUGAGUGGAAACAUACAGAUCAGCUGCAGGUUUCUGUCUACAAAAACAGAGUGAAAGAGAAAGAAAAGGGUUGGGAAAGCAGAGACAAAUAUUGACCUGGACUUAUAGAAAGACAUCCAAUGGCUGAAUAAAGAACCCCUGUUCAUGUUUUGGGAUAUUCUUUCAACUGGCUGGAACGAGAGCGGAUCAAAAGAAUGGGAAAUGCCAGCAGACCCUUUAGAAGAAUUGCUUAUUUCUUAUGCCUUUUAUCUGUGCUUUUGCUGACUGAAGGGAAGAAACCAGUGAAGCCAAAAUGUCCUGCCUGGUGUACUUGUACCAAAGAUAAUGCUUUAUGUGAAAAUGCCAGAUCUAUUCCUCGCAGCGUUCCGCCUGAUGUUAUCUCACUAUCCUUUGUGAGAUCUGCUUUUACUAAAAUCCCAGAAGGGAGUUUUUUGCUCACACCAUCUCUGCAGCUUCUGUUGUUUACAUCCAACACUUUCGAUGUUAUUAGUGAUGAUGCUUUCAUGGGCCUUCCUCAUCUAGAAUAUUUGUUCAUAGAGAACAACAGCAUUAAGUCAAUUUCAAGAAAUACUUUCAGAGGACUGAAAUCUUUAAUUCACCUGAGUCUUGCAAAUAAUAAUCUCCAGUCGCUUCCAAAAGACAUAUUCAAAGGCUUGGAUUCUUUAACAAAUGUAGAUCUUAGAGGCAACGCAUUUAAUUGUGACUGCAAACUGAAGUGGUUAGUGGAAUGGCUGGGCAGCACCAAUGCAACUGUUGAAGACAUUUACUGUGAAAGCCCACCAGAAUAUAAGAAGCGCAAAAUCAACAGCCUCUCUCCAAAAGAAUUUGAUUGCAUUAUUACAGAAUUUGAAGUUUAUCAGUCCCUGCCAUACCAAUCUCUGUCAGUAGAUACUUUCUCAUACAUGAAUGAUGAACACGUGGUUAUUGCUCAGCCUUUUACUGGAAAAUGCAUCUUUCUUGAAUGGGACCAUGUAGAAGUGAUGUUCAGGAAUUACGACAACAUUACAGGUACUUCAACUGUUGUGUGUAAACCUAUAGUUAUUGAGAGUCAGCUGUAUGUCAUUGUCGCACAGCUGUUUGGAGGCUCCCACAUAUAUAAAAGAGAUAUUUUUGCUAGUAAAUUUAUAAAAAUUCAAGAUAUUGAAAUCCUUAAAAUCCGAAAACCCAAUGACAUCGAAACUUUCAGGAUUGCUGAAGACUGGUAUUUUGUUGUUGCAGACAGUUCAAAGGCCGGUUUCACCACGGUUUACAAAUGGAAUGGGAAUGGAUUUUAUUCCCAUCAGUCUCUGCACGCCUGGUACAGAGAUACUGAUGUGGAGUAUCUUGAAAUAUCUGGCAAACCGCAUUUAAUUCUGUCAAGUAGUUCCCAAAGACCUGUAAUAUAUCAAUGGAACAAAGGAACAAAUGAAUUUGUUAAGCGUUUUGAUAUCCAAGAUAUGGAAGAUGCAUAUGCUGUGAAACAUUUCAAAGUGAAAGAGGAUGUAUACAUUUGCUUAACAAGAUUUAUUGGGGACUCUAAAGUAAUGAAAUGGGGUGGUUCAGCAUUCCUGGAUUUACAAAGGAUGCCAUCCCGAGGGUCAAUGGUAUUCCAACCGCUUCAGAUAAGUAAUUAUCAAUAUGCCAUUCUUGGAAGUGAUUAUUCUUUCACUCAAGUCUAUUAUUGGGAUGCUGAAAAGGCAAAAUUUGUGAAGUUUCAAGAAUUAAACGUACAGGCACCAAGAUCUUUCAUACAUGUCUCCAUCGAUAAACGAGAUUUUCUCUUUGCUUCAAGUUUUAAGGGAACUACAUUGAUUUACAAACAUGUCAUAGUUGACUUAAGCGCAUGACACUCAUAAUUCUGAGAUUACAUCAGACUUUCUACCAUAAGUGGACAAAAUGAACUAAAUGCAUGAUGACUCUCUUAUCUUACUUCCAAAUGAAUGCCUUUAAAAGUUGAGAUUGCUAGAACAAAGUAUUACUAGUAUCUUCAUCUUUAAUUGUCAAGUCUAGUGGUGUUGGAAGUUGCAUUUUUUAACAAAAAGAAAUUAAAUUAACUGUUCUUUGCAUCCACAAUAUGUAAAUAUGUGUGCAACUGCAUCUGUUGCUGUAAGAAAUAUUAAGAUGUACUUUUCCAUUUAUUUAUUCACCUGUUUGAAACAACUGCCAAAUAAAAUGUUUACAUUUUGUGUCUUUCACAUUCCAAAUAUUAUUUGCAGGUGAUACUUUUUAUUUGUGUAUAUAUUAUACACAUAUAAAAUAAACCCAAGAAGGUAUAUUGCCCAAUGUAGUGUUGUUGCACAAUAUCAGAAGUCAGGUGGAUUUUAUAUAUAAUAAUAAUAAGUUCUUGAUAAAAAUACAGCAUUGAACCCUAAUCCUGUAAAUUAUCACCUGGACAUAUCCUUGCGUUUAUGUGAAGCUUCACUGAUUUAAACAGGACUCCACCCAGAAAAAAGCAUUCAGUUAUAUAGAACCAAUUGCAAAAUGGAGGGUUCCAUUAUAGAGAUCCAGCUGUAGGAUGGGGCUUUGUACUGUGUAUCCCUGUAAGAACUUGACUUUCUAAAACUUUACAAAGAAAUCAACAGAAUAAAAGGUGAUGUAAAGGUC